AUGAAGAGAGCGCGCGACGAGGCCGAGCAGCAGCCGCCUGCCGACGAGCAGCCUCCUGAAGAUCCGCCGUGGGAGCGCGACCCUGACUCCUACGUUGCGGCAAGAGACGUCGUCAAGCUUCGCUUUGUCGCGUCGGCGUCCGACGUGCUGACCGACGCAGAGGCGCCGGCCUUUACGCCGCCGUUUUUGCACCAGCACUUCGCCAACGAAGCGCUCGCGCUGCCCGUGAGCCAGCGGCCGCUGACGAUCGAGGUGCUCUACGCGGCGCACACGCUGGUCCCGUUCCCGCGCUGCGACCGACCUAUGGAGGGUUCCAUUGAGGACGCGAUGUUUUCGCUCGUCGAGCAGCUGCCACAGGCGGGCGCGUCCGCGGAGGCGCUGCUCGACGCGCCGGAGGUCCGGCUCGGAGGCGAGGUCCUCGCAACGUACGAGCGCGGCGGCGCCCAGUUUGAGGCGCGCCUCUGCAGCUUUGGCGAGGAGGAGGCGCGGCGGUUCAACGAGAACCUGCAGUCGCUCAUGCGCUUCUACAUCGACGCGCACUCGCCCAUCGACCACACCGACGACCGCUGGCGGCUGCUCACCAUCUUCGAAGAGGCGCGGGAGGGCGCGCCCCGCCGCUUCACCGCGGCGGCGACGGCGAUGGUCUUUUCGCGCUUUGUCGCGGGCGGCAUCCGCACGGUGCUCAAGGUUUGCCAGGUAAUGGUCGCGCCGACGCACCAGCGGCAAGGGCACGGCUCGGCGCUGCUACAACUUCUCUACGACCACGCUGCCACACAGGGCGCGGUCGAGGUGACCGUCGAGGACCCUUCCGCAGGCUUCCGGAUGCUGCGCGACCUGGUCGACCUGCGCAACUGCCGGCGGCUCGGGCUGCUGCAGCCCACGGAGGGGUGCGAGUCGCAGCCGCUCGCCGAUGAGGCGCGCGCCGCGGCGCGAACGGCGCUUCGCAUCACCGACGAGCAGAUCUCGCGCUGCCAUGAGGUUGGCUGCUACUCGCUGCUGCAGCGCAAGCUGGCCGGGAAGGAGGGGCCAGAGGCAGAGGCGACGGCCAAGCCCUUCCGGCUGUGCGUCAAGCGGAGGCUCAACAAGAAGCACGAGGAGACACUGGGCGCCCUCGACGGCGCGGCGCGCAAGGCCGAGCUCGAGCAGCUCUACCAGGCCCUCGUGGCCGAGUACGCCGUGCUCGUGGCGCGCGUCCAAGAAGUGCCCACGCCCGCAGGGGCGGCCAGCGGCGGCUGAAAGGGCAUUGGUGUUGGCCCAGUUUCGAUCCGAGCCACCGCAAAAUUGGGGUCGCACUUCCGCUCCAUGGCCCAUGCGUUUCGGAAACCACGCCGGAUAUGCUUUCCUGAUUGAUGUGAC